GUGCUGAUGUGGGAUGAGUCAGGCUGUAUGAUGCUGCUAGUGUCGCUUUCAUUUCAUCAGCACAAAAUAUCCAAACAUUUCUCAACCUUCCAGACCUGAAAAAUAAUAUGUCAGACAUGUGAGAUUCUCUGACUUGUGUGCGACUUUAAUGCAGACAGUGAUCAUUUCAACAUCACGCCGACUCAUCUUUAACAACAUCCACGCAAAGAGACCGCCUACGCGGCGCAGUUUGCGCCUGUUUGUUUUUUUAUUUCCGGAUGUUUGAUUAUAAUUCGGCUUAUUUUGAGUAUUAUGUAAAUGGUUAAUUCUGCCAUUUCGUUCAGCGGUUUCUAGUGAGGUUUUAACCCUUGUACGACAAUGGAAUCUGCUGUUUGCCACCUCUGAGCCGAGCAAACAAAAACAAUAUCUGAAUAAUCAUGGAGGCAAUUUGGCUUUACCAAUUUCGACUGAUUGUCAUUGGGGACUCCACUGUUGGAAAAUCGUGUUUGAUUAGACGAUUCACUGAAGGCCGCUUCGCACAGGUGUCAGAUCCGACCGUCGGGGUGGACUUUUUCUCUCGCUUGGUGGAGAUAGAACCUGGGAAACGUGUUAAACUGCAAAUCUGGGAUACAGCGGGACAGGAGCGCUUCAGGUCAAUUACCCGAGCAUACUACCGUAACUCUGUGGGAGGUCUGCUGCUCUUUGAUAUAACAAACCGCCGCUCUUUCCAGAAUGUUCACGAGUGGCUAGAGGAGGCACGUAGCCACGUACAGCCCCACAGCAUUCUCUUUCUGCUCGUGGGUCACAAAUGUGAUUUGGAACCACAGAGGCAGGUAGGCCGCCAAGAGGCCGAGAAGCUAGCGGCCGCGUAUGGCAUGCGGUAUGUGGAGACUUCUGCACGUGACGCCAUUAAUGUGGAAAGAGCGUUCACAGAGCUAACAAGGGACAUAUUCGAGUUGGUGAAGAACGGGGAGAUUACCAUCCAGGAAGGCUGGGAGGGAGUGAAGAGUGGGUUUGUACCAAACGUAGUGCAUUCUUCAGAAGAAGUGACAAAGGGUGAUCGUCGUUGCUUCUGUUGAAUCCGCAACCGUACCGCUUCCUCCAAUCACAGGAUCCGUCUUCAAGUCCCUGAUGAUGACAUCAUUAUCCCUUUCCUGCCUGCUGAAUGCCUAAAGUCCCACCAUGCUGUUUGUCCUUCACUUUUCUAUACUACUUUGCUCAUUUCUCCGAUCACACAAGCUUGUGACUGGGCGAACAGAACUCUGUAGUGUUAGACUCCUGACGGUUAGUCAAAAUCUUUUCCUGACUCCCAUCCUGAAACAAUGACCAGUGACCAAACAAUGACUUGCCUGUAUCUAAAUCAAUCAUGGAGCCACGAAAGUUAAACUUCCCAAAUGAAGAUGUUCACAGUAUCAGGUUUACUCUGGUCCAGGUGUCAUGGGAGAUAACGGAUUAAAACAAGCUGUAUAUGCUGACUUCACUGGUGCAGGCAUACGCGUUUCGGAUGACUUGAAGAUCUCAGACCUGAACAAUUUUGAUUGCUGGCGGUGUAGUGUGUCUCAUAAUUGACUUUAAGCUUUAAGGACAAAAGAAAGAGAGAUGUAUUGCAAUAUACUUAAUGAAAAAUCCUAGGACUGGACAAACAUGACCUGCAUUUUUUUACAAUUAUUAACAAGGCAAUGCGAACUAAAUUGUCAGUUAUCAAAGUGGUUGUAAAUAAUUAUCAGCAAGUGGUAUGAACGUCAAUCAUAUCAACCCAGAGGUACAACAUUUUUGUUGUAUUGCUGUUUAUAGAGGAACUAAUGGAAGUCUGUGCAUAUGUGCAAUCCACGAAUGGAUUAUUCAACAUACUAACAUCUCUUAAAGUAUAACACAAUACCACAAAGGCCUCUGAUUCUGACUAGAAUUAUAAACAAACCUUAAUCUAUCAUAUUAAGGUACAUCUUUUCCACCUUAAUCCCAAAGAGUGUUUCUAAUGUUAUAGCUUGUGAUUGUACUAACUCGUGUGAAAAAGCAAGCUGUUGCUUUUCUGUUUCCAGAGCUUGCAUUUCCAUGUAUUUAACAAUUUACGUUAUUGUCCUACGCAAUUUUACUUUUGAGCCUAUCUGCCGAAACUAGGUAACUCUGCAACUGCCUUCAAAUUUAAUCAGAGAUGUCUAAAUACUAUCCAUUAUUGAACAUGAUUGGCCAAGCCGUUCAUGUGUCACGCUAUUGGAUAGUAAUUGCCAUUUAUGAAGUGAAUGGAACAGGGUCUCAGGGAAGGAACAGAGAACUUUGGGAUGACUUUACAAUUCACCACCUCCGUGUAUGCUUUUUGAUGCUAGUGUGGUUGGAUUUGCAGUGACUGAAGUACAAAU